GCGACGCCGAGCGUGGCAGCCCGAGCGACGAGAGCGAUGGAGCCUCCAAGAGCGCAAAAGCGCGCCGCUUCGAGCGCCUUUGCCACGACGCAGCCUCGCAGAUGACGCCUCUCCAGCGAUACAAACUCCAAGUACACGGCGCGCGGCGAAGGCUUGAACGCCUUUACAGCCCUCGGCGGCGCAAGUGAUCUUGAUGCUUCAGAAAACGAAUUCGCAUGUCCCUCUACGACCCGCUCUACCACCAGAAGCGAGCUGCAAAGCUCGCCGAGGCCAAGUUGGCGGCCGAAGAUGCCCUCAUGCGAAAGCCAAGCCCGACGGCGGCGACGAACCUCGGUUCGCGUGCCACCGCGUUCGGGCGCAGCAAGACCCCGACGGUUGUCCGCCAGCGCGCGGCUCCAACUGUCCCGGUGACUGCGCGAUCGACGAUUCGGUCGACGCAAACGCCCGCCACGACGGCGGUGCAACCUCUGACGGCAAGCAGCCGCACCUCGACCACCGCCGCGCAGCGUCGCACACCGGUGACGAGCGUCGCGACUGCUCCGUCAAGUACCACCACGGAUGCCACGCCUGCUAGCGCGGCAUCGACGACCACGACUGAGGCGAUCCUCGGUCAGCUGCGUUCGGAAGUAGCAACUCUCCAAGCGCAGGUCGUCACCCUCCAAGCCAGCCUCAACGCGUCGAUGGACACGGCCAAGACACGCACCUCGGAGCUUGAUCUUGCCCAUGCCCAGCACGACGCUGAUCUCGAGACGCUUGGAACUCAACUUCAGGCCACCCGGGAUGUCGUUGCGCAUCUCGAGGAAUCACUCGAAGUUUCGGAGCACGCAACUGCGACCGGUGCCUCGGACCUCGCUCUUGCUCGCUCGGAGCUCGCUGCAUCCCGAGCGCAGCACGACGACGACAUCAAGGCCCUCAAGGGCAACCUUGAGGAGGCGCGUCAAGCGGCUUUGGCCGGCGCCUCGGAGCACGAAGCGGUCGUCAAGGCGCUCCAAGCCGAUUACGAGAAGGCGCUGGCCGCCAAGGGUGCAGAGUUCCGAGACAAGUACGAAGACGCAGUACGCGGCCGUCGUGUGGUAUGCCCUGCUUGCAGCGACGUCGAUGAAUCGAGUCAGUGGACCGUCCUUAAUGGGCCGCUUCUCGAAGACACGGACUUUGACAGCGACAUGGAGGUGGUUCUGGGUGAACCACCAGCACCGCCAGAGCUGGUCGCAGCCGCAGAGCUCGAAGCAGAACGCAAGGCUUACGAGGCGCUCAAAGCGCAAGCCGACGACGCAGCCGCCCGCGCCGCAUCGAACGAGCUGCGCCUCGAGAACAAGAUCUUGAAGCUCAUGACGACCAUCAACGAUCUCUCGGCCGGUGUCAACGCGCUCUCGUCCGACAAGUCGGAGCUCGCAGCGGCCAAAGCGAAGCUCCAGGAGGAGACGACAAACCUCCUGGCGCGCGUAGCCGCCUUGGAAACGGCGCUGCAGACGCAGAAGACCGACGCCAAGACCGACAUGCAGGCGCUCGAGACGCGGGCGGUCACGGCCGAAGCCGCUCAAGAAGCCAACGCGACGACGAUCCGGGAGCUGCAAACCACAAUCGAAGGACUCUCGACGAGCGCCCUCUUCAAGCGUACGCAAGAGCUCUCGAAACAAAUCCGGGACCUCGAGACACAGCUGCACCGACUUGGGUACGACUAGCGACGACUAACUCUUUUGGAAUACGUGUUUUGCAUAA